UUCGAGGGCGACGCCGGGAGCGUCUCCAUCGGUGGCACGCCCUACUUCCUCCGGCAGUUGCACUGGCACUCCCCCACGGAGCACAGCGUCAACGGCCGCCGGUACGACAUGGAGCUCCACAUGUUCCACGAGAGCGCCGAGGGUAAAGCCGCCGUCAUCGGCGUCUUCUACGAAAUCGGCGCCCACGACGCCUUCCUACACAAGCUGGAGCCAUACCUGGAGAUGAUAGCGGAUCGGAAGGACAGGGAGGAGAAGAUGGGGAUGAUGGACCCGAGGGGCGCCAGGGGAAAGGCCAGCGUGUACUACCGCUACGUGGGCUCCCUCACCACCCCGCCCUGCUCCGAAGGUGUCAUCUGGACCAUCGUCAAGAGGGUGCGCACUGUGUCGAGGCACCAGCUGGAGCUUCUCCGGGAGGCCGUCCAUGACGACAUGGAGAAGAACGCGAGGCCACGUCAGGAGGUGAACAGCAGAGAUAUCAGCAUGUUCCGGCCUUUUGAGCAAAUUAGACAUUGAUUACAUGGUUAUAUUAUUUUUUUAUCUAGUAGUUUUUCCCAUCCACUUUGAUAGAUGCCUUGUAUACGGUUACUAAAUAAUAAAGGAACACGACCAGUUCAUGUC